AGCGCCGCCGACUCUCGUCUCGUCAACAACCCCGUCAACUCCCAGGUCCCGCCUUCAAAACCUCAAGAUGACUCACGAGAGCGUUUGGUACAGCCGCCCCCGCAAGUACGGCAAGGGCUCCCGCGAAUGCCGUGUCUGCUCCCACCGCGCCGGUCUCAUCCGCAAGUACGGUAUGAACAUCUGCCGUCAGUGCUUCCGUGAGAAGUCCACGGACAUCGGUUUCAACAAGGUUCGUUCACCCUUCGCUCGAUAG